GUGUGAUGAGGAUACGACCCAGCACGCAGGUGUAUAGAGGUGAUGCCAGUACCAAGAUGACAUGUUGAGGGCGGCAUGAUGCCUCGGGGAGCGGGCUUGCGGGCGCCCCUGCCCACACUGCCUCGCGCCCACCACGCCAACACACGCCCAGUCCAACGCCUUUUCCUUCAACUUGUGCUAUUAGCCUUACCACUGCUGGCCGGGGGGUCCUCGGGCGGGGACACCUCCCCUAAGACUUCAUUUCGGUUCCUAAGAAACCUGUACAAUGUCAGCAUCUACGAGAACUCCUUACCUAGGACUUACGUGGCCGGGGAGGAGCUCAUGGGCGUGGCGAUGGAUGACCUGCCGCCCUCCGGCCAUGUCGCCUAUGAAAUAGUAGAUGGGGACCAAGAUCACUUCUUCGCUGCUGACUCCGAGCUAGUAGGAGGUGUGACGGUGCUGAAGGUGAGGACAAAGACUGGCCUGGGGGAUGUACUCAACAGGGAGCGCCGGGCCCGCUACUCUCUUGUGGUGGAGGCCAGACUGAAGAAUGUUGCUCACUGGGGAGGCAACCUCAAAGCCAGGACCAAUGUGACAGUGUUAGUGUUGGACACCAAUGAUAAUAUUCCUUUGUUUUACCCGACUGUAUACCAGGUUAAUGUGGGCGAAGACGCCUCCCUUCACACCUCACUCAUCUCUGUCACUGCACACGACGCUGACGAUGGUUACAAUGGCCAACUUUAUUACUCACUAGAAGAUCACAAGACAAAUUUAUUCGCCGUCCACCCAACCACUGGUGUUCUAAGCGUCACGCGGCCAUUGUCUCACAUGUAUGGCCGCAUACACAGAGUAACAGUAUUGGCCCAGGACCGCGGGCCCCAGCCCCGGAACGUGCGGUCUGUAGCUGCGGCGCGAGCCUCAGUGCAAGUGCAGGUGCAUCAGGUCAACAUUCAUGCACCCAGUAUCACUGUGCAACACUUGCCACACGUGGUGGAGCACUCUCACACACACAUCUAUGCCAUCAUCACUGUUGAUGAUGCUGACGAGGGCGAGAGUGGCAAAGUAGAUAAAGUAGAUAUCGUAGGCGGUGAUCCCGACCGUCUCUUCAGUAUUACUCGUGGUUCACAUUCCAAAGAAUAUAAUUUAGCUGUGCUGAAGUUGCUGGAUCGUGAACUGGCGCCUGAGGGCUACAACCUGACCCUUCAGGCCUUCGACUGCGGCAUUCCACAGCGCAAGUCGCGCGUCAACGUCCACGUUAACAUUGCUGAUGUGAACGACCAUGCGCCUGUGUUUGCCAGAGAACAGUACGAGGAGGCUGUGAGCGAGGAAGCUCCACCCAAUACUCCGGUGGUGAGAGUAGCAGCCUCAGACACUGACCAGGGUAUUAAUGGAAGGGUUCUCUUCAGAAUAGUCGCUGGUAAUGAGGACGACAAAUUUAAUAUUAACCCCCGAACAGGUCUUAUAUCUACCGCGGACUGGCUAGACCAUGAGUCCACUGCCUACUACAGUGUCACUGUGGCUGCUGUGGACCAAGCCAGCAAUGCCCGCAGGAAGCAGUCCUCGGCUAAGGUUAUUAUCCGCGUGUUGGAUGCCAAUGACAACGCACCUCAGUUCAACACCCCCAACACAGAGGUCACGCUAGAUGAGAAUGAGCCCAUAGGCUCGUAUGUUACUCGUAUGAUCGCCUCUGAUGUAGACUCAGGGGAGAAUGGUUUUAUAUCUUACAGCAUUGCUAACCUUGAUCAAGUACCCUUUGUUAUUGAUCCCUUCGACGGCACAGUGCGUACCUCGUCUGUGCUUGACUAUGAGGCCCAGCGACGUGUGUAUACCAUCAAGGUUCGAGCCUCGGACUGGGGAACACCUUUCAAACGGGAAACAGAAACAACAGUGAAAGUCAAAGUUCGUGACGUUAAUGACAACAGGCCUCAGUUUGAAGGUGUUGACUGCAAGGGCUGGGUGUCUGUGGACGCCCCGGUGGGCACUAGUGUUCUCACACUCUCCGCACUCGACCUGGACAACGCCAGUAUCGUGAGUUACAAACUCCAGAACGAUAUGGAAGAAGAGUGUUGGGCUAUGGACGCCGCCUCAGGUGUACUUGCUCUCACCUGUGAUCUCAGGAAAUAUUUUAUUACAAGUGAUAGACUGAGGACUUACGUUCUCAACGUAACAGCUACUGAUGGAUCCCAUAUAUCCGACCCCACCAGCGUGACGGUGGCUAUCAUCACCCAAAGAAAUGAGGACCGAGCUAACAUAAGACAGCACUCUCAUGUGGAGUGCCAUGAGACCGGGAUCAGCACCAAGGCAGCAGAGGUGGAGGCUGCAGCAGCUGAGAAUAACGCAGCUGUGGAACACUACGCUCUUCUGCCGCUCCGCUACGGAUACAAUUCCCAUGCCCCGGACUUUCCUGACAAGUUUCCCAGCAUCAUCAGGGUUCUCGAGGAUGCUGAAAUCGGUAAGGCACUCCUUACUGUGGAAGCUAAGGACCAUGAUAGAGGCCACAACGGGCGGGUGGUGUACGCCGUGUCCAACGGUGACACUGACUCAGUCUUUAAGAUUGGCGUCGAGUCUGGUGUGCUAGAGGUCGUGGCGGAGCUGGAUCGAGAGCGUACUCCAGAGUAUUUCCUCAACAUUACUGUUUAUGAUCUUGGAGUUCCACAUAAGUGCGUCUCAAGAAAUCUUACUGUUCAGGUUGCUGAUGUGAAUGACAAUGCACCAGAGUUUAGUCGUGUGAGUUACAGCCUUCACUUGCCAGAAAAUACUCGUAAUGGCACCAGCGUGGCACAACUGAGUGCCCAAGAUGCCGAUGAAGGUCUCAACGCUAAAAUAACAUACGAAUUAGUGACAGACGUGGAAGAGUUUACAGUUGGGCGAACAACAGGUGUGGUGUAUAUGUCCGGCGGACUGGACCGUGAGCGUCGCAGUGAGUAUGAUCUGAGAGUCCGGGCUUGGGACAGUGCCUUGGAAAACCCUCGCUCUGCCCUUGCCAGAGUACUAGUAACGGUCCUCGACAUCAAUGACUGUCCACCUGAAUUUGGUGCGGCCAGCAAAUUGACAGUGGACGUUCCUGAAGAUUUACCUCUGGGUGCUGUGGUGGCCACUUUGCAGGCCACCGAUCAAGAUCAAGGUGUGGGUGGCCUAAUCAGGUACAGUCUAGUCAGCGGUCACGGAGAUGCUUUCCGCGUGGACGAGGAAACAGGAGUAGUGCGGCUAUCGGCACCGCUGGAUUUUGAAACUAGACAGUCGUACAAUGUGUCAGUUCGAGCCCAAGACGGAGGCUCGCCAUCUUUAGAAGCUCGCGCUUCUCUCUUCAUUCGCGUUCACGACGUGGACGAAAACGUUGGUCCUCCUGUGUUCAGUGAGCGUGUGGUGCGGGGUCGUGUUCAGGAGAAUAUGCCUCCAGGUGCCCUGGUCACCAGCCUAACAGCUCGGGACCCCGACCAGGGCCGUCUCACAUACACCAUCACUGCCGGGGACGGUCUUGGUUACUUCACCAUCGACAGGGAAGGUGUUGUGAGGACGGUAGUGGCGCUGGACCGGGAAGCAACGCGGGGAUACUGGCUGACAGUGGUGGUGGCUGACACUGGCUCUCCACCACUCACUGACACCUGCCAUGUGUACGUGGAAGUGGAGGACGUGAACGACCACAUCCCACAGUCGGAGGAACCAUCCUACCACACGUACGUGGCGGAGAACUCUCCUCCUGACACCUCCGUCAUCACCCUCAGAGCCUCCGACGGGACCUCUCCCCCUCCAACCUCUCUUUCGCCAUUACCAAGGGCAACCAACUGGCCCACUUCAAGAUCAACCCCCACACAGGGUUGGUGAGCACACUGUGGCCGCUGGACCGGGAGGACGUGCCCGAGUAUGAGCUGUGGGUGACGGUGAGUGACGGUGAACACUCCUCCACCACCCCCGUCUUCGUCACCGUCAGCGACGUCAAUGACAACCCUCCGGAGUUUCUGGAGGAGCUUUACCGCGUCACCGUCCCCUCCCGGAGCAAGACCAGGAAGAGGGAGGCGCUUUUCAGGCCCGACCCUGUGGACGAUGGCAGUGAGUCGGCGUGGGCGUGGGGGGACUGGGUCUCUUUCACGCCCACACAGAUCACCGCCCACGACGACGCUUUGUUCAGGGUCUUCGCUAGAGACGCUGACGCAGGCAUCAACAGUGACCUCGACUACAGCAUCAAGACCAGCAAGGGCAAGAAAGGUCGCUUCAAGAUCCACCCGAAGACGGGUCAGGUGUACACCAACAAGGCCUUCACACCAGGCAAAACCUUCGAU